CUUUUUUUUUGGGAGACGGAGAUUUGACGGCAACCCUCGCAAAACUUACACUCAAAAUGGGCAAACGAGGCGGCAAAAAGGGAAAUCGCGGCGGCAAAGGUGGCGGCGGCCGUGGCCGCGCAGAGCGCUCCACCAAUUGGCAAGAUAUCAGCCGUACCAACGAGAAGCUCGAGAGAUACUACAAUGAGCCGGAAUUCAUCCCAGAGGAGGAGAAGGAGGAAUUUUGGAAUGCGAUCAAGAGAGAUCUGCCCAACAGCUUCCGUUUCACGGGCUCGCGUGGACACGCGCUUGCUGUUCAGGAGCGUCUGAAGGAUUUCUAUGUCCCCCAGAUCACCUCCAUUGAGUAUGAGGGCCAGCCGGUCGAACCGCCACAGCCCGUGUCGUGGUACCCAGAUCAACUUGCUUGGUCGAUGACUACCCCCAAGCAGGUUAUUCGUCGCCAUGCCCCCUUCGCUUCCUUCCAGAAGUUCCUUGUCGCUGAGACCGAAGUCGGAAACAUCAGUCGCCAGGAGCUGGUUAGCAUGAUUCCCCCGCUGCUUAUCGAUAUCCGCCCCGGAAUGACUGUUCUGGACAUGUGCGCUGCACCGGGAAGCAAGUCGGCACAGCUGAUGGAGGCUCUCCAUGCCGGUGAAGAGGAUACUAUUCUGCAAGCUGCUAAGGAAGUCAAGGAGGGUACUGCUGGACCUGAGCCUCUGGGUCCCGAGGGCUUGAAUGAUGAUGGUCGCACUACCGGUCUGUUGAUCGCCAACGACAGUGACUACAAGCGUGCGCAUCUCUUGAUCCAUCAGAUGAAGCGUCUGAGCUCGCCCAACCUCAUCGUGACCAACCAUGACGCUACUAUGUACCCCUCUAUCAAGCUUCCUCCUCUCCCUGCUCCCGAGGGCAAGCGCCCUCUGAACCGAUACUUGAAGUUCGACCGCAUUCUUGCAGAUGUCCCUUGCUCUGGUGACGGUACCGCUCGCAAGAACAUCGGCGUGUGGAAGGAUUGGAGCCCCUCCAGUGCUUUGGGCCUUCACACUACGCAAGCUCGCAUUCUGGUCCGCGCCUUGCAGAUGCUCAAGGUUGGUGGCCGUGUUGUGUACUCCACUUGCAGUAUGAACCCCGUUGAGAACGAGGCUAUCAUUGCUAGCGCAAUUGAGCGCUGCGGUGGCGCUGCCAAUGUGAAGAUCAUUGACUGCAGCGAAGAGCUGUCCGGUCUGAAGCGCCGGCCUGGUCUGAAGACCUGGAAGGUUAUGGACCGCGAAGGCCGUAUCUGGAACAGCUGGAAGGAAGUCAUGGAGCAGCGAGAGCAGGAGCCCAACACCAAUGGCUUGGCCCGUCUGUCCGAGGGAAUGUUCCCUCCUUCUGGAGAGACUGCCGAGCUGCCGCUCGAGCGCUGCAUGCGUGUUUACCCCCACCUCCAAAACACCGGUGGCUUCUUCAUUACUGUCCUCGAGAAGAUCUCCGAGAUCAAGGCCAAGCCUGAGAACGCGGGUAGCGUCAUUCCGCUCCUGCCCAAGGGCUCCAUUGCAGCUCUUGCUGCAGAGCUGGACUCGCGCAACAACAACGAGAAUGAAGAGCCUUACCAGAAGCUGGAUUCUCUGGAUGACCUUGUCCCUGCCGACGCUGAGGUUGAGGCUGAGAUUGCGAAGAAUGCAACUGUCGCCGAGGCUGCCAACCAGCCCCCGUACUCGGUGACACUUGAUGCUGCGCAGAAGCGCGAGGCCGAUGAGCUGGAUGAGGAGCUUCCUGCUAAGAGGACGAAGCUUGACGAUGGUACUGAGGUUCUGGUUGGUGAUCGUCCCAUCCACCGUCCUGCCCCGACUGUCGAGGUCGAACACAUGCAGACCUCGACUGAUACUACUCCGGCACCCACCGCCCGAGCCCAGGGCUUCAAGAAGAAGGCUGUCCAAGAGGAGCCUUACAAGUAUCUGGACCCCAACCAUCCCGAGCUGGUGCCAGUCUACGAGUUCUUUGAACUGUCAGAACGCUUCCCCCGUGACCGAUGGAUGGUGCGCAAUGCGGAGGGCCAGCCUACACGAACUGUUUACUACACCAGCGCCCUCGCUCGGGAUAUUCUCGUCAUGAAUGAGCGCUCUGGCAUGAAGUUCGUCCACUGCGGUGUCAAGAUGUUUGUGAAGCAGGAUGCACAGCGCGAGAACGUCUGCCGCUGGCGUAUCCAGACGGACGGAUUGAAGAUCAUCGAGCCUUGGUUGGGUGAUGUCCGCACCGUCACCUUGACCCAGCGGGAGACCCUGCGUCGCCUGCUCAUUGAGAUGUUCCCCAAGGUUAAUGACAAUGGCUGGAAGCAGCUCGAUGAGAUUGGUGAGCGUGUCAAGGAUAUCCCUAUGGGCUGCAGUAUCUUGCGCAUCGAGCCCAGCGGCAAGGAGGAUGGCCUUACCGAGCGCAUGGUUCUGCCCCUCUGGCGCUCCCUGCACUCUAUCAACCUGAUGCUUCCUAAGGAAGAUCGCCGCGCCAUGCUCCUGCGUAUUUUCAACGACUCCACCCCCGUCAACAACAACUCCAUUAAGAACCAAAAAGGCUCGCAGAAGCAGGUAGAGAUUGUCCUCGAUGACGUCGACACAGAUGUCGUUGAUGCCUCUGAUGCCGUUGACGCCAUUGAGCCUCCCGCCGCGAUCGAGGACGACCUCCUGAAGAAGGAGAACCUUGCGCUGGGUCAAGAUGAGCAAGAGCAGGUUGACACGCGGGAGACGUACACCAAGGCCGGGGAUGAGGAGGACCGAUUCAAUCAGACUGUCUAGUGGGCGGAUCUAAGUUUGAGAGAUGGCCGGCAGUUAUGAUUUACUUUAUUUUUGAUUUGCGUGAUCUUCUACCAGGGAGCGAGCGAGCUCACCGAAUGUACUAAAAAGCAAUACCAUGGAGAUUUACCCGUUUGAGAGAGAGAGACAGUCUGAGACCGAGAUUAAGUCUAAACGAAUUGCUGUCUGGGUUUAGGCCUUGGGCUUGUUAUGUAUGUAUAUUAUGCAAGGCUUAAGUCCGGAGUGGCGGAGUCUGUUCUUGUUCCUGAUGCAAGGGUCCAAAAGUACUUCUUGACAAGACUACGAGAGCCAGAAAUACCCGAAAGCUUGGUGGGCAUUCGAUCUGCAUUGUAAGAUGUCUUCGGG